AUGAAAGAGGAGACAUGCCUAGUGUCAGCGCUCUAUUACCCACGGAUCGAGAUGUCGCUCUGCUACUCGCUGCCGUCGGUGCCGACAGUGCUACACAGCCUGGGGAUCGAACUACUCAUGCAAGGUCCCGGGCCAGUGAAGAUCCAGGACCCAGCAGAACUGCGGGGCAUGUCACUGGAGAAUCGUUUACUGAGCGUCGACUGGGAGUCCAGCUUCCAAAGCUUCCAACAAGCAACCAGAGAAGGCACCUUCAAGCCGCUUUGUUGGACGAGCAAAGGAGCCCUGCCAGACACGGACGACCUAGAAGUCCACUACCCGAGGAUCCUCAGGCCGUACGAAGAAGUGAGCCCACCUUGCCUGAAGAAAUCAUUCAGAAACAAGGUGUCGAGGCUCAGCGAAGACGAGGACAUCGGUGCGCCCAUGGAUCCGGACAGCGACGAGACGAACGCGGUUGAACGCGGACAGCUGGUCCGCAGCAAAGUGUCACGCAGUAGCGACGGUCCGACUGGAAGUUCCUCGACGAAAUCAGCACCGCUGGUACUGAUCCUGGCCGCAGUACUCGCGGCGGUGUCCGGCGUCCGGUUCAG